AUGCCUCCCCCUCCUGAAAUGACUCCCUUUUCGGUGACGGUGCAUCCAUACGACUCGCCUACCCGAAACUCGUGCUCCUACGAGCUCGUCACAGCCACCUCACCCACUGCCAAGAAUGCCAUCGUCUUUAUCGGCGGUCUUACAGACGGCCCCCAUACCGUCCCCAGCAUUCGGACGAUUGCCCACCAGCUGGCCACGACCGAGGCUGGCAAGGCCCUGGGCUACUCCGUGUUCGAGCUCCGGAUGUCGAGCUCCUUCACCGCGUUUGGCUACAAGCGUCUCACUGACGACGUAGCCGACCUGUCUGCCCUGGUAAAGUAUCUCCGGGGCCUCGGCCGCGAGAAGAUUGUCUUCUUGGGCCAUUCCACCGGCUGCCAGGACUCGAUGGAAUACGCCAAAUUUGUCAGCAAGGGCCAGAGUCCCGCCGUGGACGGCUUCAUCCUCCAGGGGCCAGUAUCCGAUCGCGAGGCCAUGGCUCCGGCCUUUCAGCCGGGCAUGUAUGAGAAGACGUUGGCAGCGGCAGAGAAGAUGAUCAAAGAGGGCAGAGAGAACGAAAUCAUCCACCUCGAGGGCAUGCCGGAGAUGCUCGAAAGCCCCCACACUGCCUACCGCUUGCACUCGCUGAUCGGGAAGAACGGCGACGACGACUACUUCUCGACCGACCUCCCAGACGAGCGGCUGGCUGCCUCAUGGGGCGCAUUCAACAAGCCAGUCCUCGUUCUGCCAUCCGGUAAGGACGAGUAUGUGCCACAGACGAUCGACGUGCCUGCCAACAUAGCACGGUGGAAGACUUUUUGCGCCACCGGCAUCUACAGUGACCUAUCCGGAUUGAUUCCCGGCGCCAGCCACAGCGUAGAACAGCCAGACUCCCAGCUGUGGAUGGCUGACCGGGUGAUUCGCUUCCUUGCGAGUCUGCAAUAG